AUGUUUAGAAAUAGGGAAAGAAAAAGGAAAUAUAUGAUAUAUAUUGAAUUAAUACAAGAUAGUUGUGGUUCUGGAUGUGUUUCUGUAUUUUUACAAACAGCUAUUUUUGGAUCUUCAAAAUCACUUCAUAUAUGUACAGAUAUCUCUUUACCUGCUUGUGAAGCUACAUUAGAAACUCUAAAAAUAAAUUCUAAUUCUAUGAAAACAUUUUAUUUAGACGUUAUACAUACAGAUUUAAUACAAGGACUUUAUCUUGAUAAUAAUGUUGAUUUAAUUAUCUUUAAUCCACCAUAUGUCCCUUCAGAAUCUAAAGAAAUAGGUAUAAAUAAAAAUUCGGAAAAUAUUUGGGCAGGUGGUAUAGAAGGCAUGGAAGUUACUUAUAGAAUUUUGAAUUCUAUUGAUAAAAUCCUAUGCGUCCACGGUCUUUUUUAUUUGGUUGCUAUUUCCAGAAAUAAACCCGAAAAAAUCAUAAAUUUCAUGAAAACGCAAUGGAAUAUGCAAAGCAAAAUUGUAUUAAAAAGGAAUGCAGGAUGCGAACAGCUUUAUGUUAUUAGAUUUAAUAAGCCCAACAAAACACUUUAA